AUGGAUUCCGAGAGAAGGCAAGUGCGUUGGGGGGAGACCGAAGGGCCCAACAUUAUUGUUAGCAUCACGCCACAGGCUUUGAGCCUUGCUCCCGACCCGGAGUUCUGGAGCCAAAUGUACCUACUGUGGCUGCUGUCCUCGCUGGUGCCGAAGUUGCUGAUUGUCCCAGACAUUAUCAUCGAGGCACUGUCGCUGCCGCACCCCUACGUGCUGCGGCACCGCCUUGUGGCACACUUCAUCAUCUGCAGCGUUAUGUUCAUCAUAAGCAUCAUCGGCUGCAGCAGCGGAGGUGCCAGCGUUGUGUCUGUGUUGGCCUACAGCCAGGACCAGUCCUUUCGGCUUUUGAUGGUCGCGCUCGAGGUGGUGGUCAUCCUUCAGUUCUAUGGUGUGCGAAGACUGGUCAUCGACGAGAACAUGAUGACCAGUCGAGAUCCCAGCAUUUUCGUCAAGAUCUCUUGGUCGUCGGUCAUACCGCUCGUCAUCGGUGCGAAGUAUAAGAAAACCCGUGUGUCUGAAGAAGCCCCAUGA